AUGUCACACCAACCAUACCUAACAACAUCAAGAGCACAAUGUACCCGUGUUAACCAUAAAAAAUAUACAACUAAUUCAAUACAGCGUUGGCACAAUGAUAAUAAAGAAAAUUUGUCUUUAAAUGAUUUUACAUUAAUUGACCGUCAACAAUAUCAUUUAAGAAUUCAAAAUGGUUUAAACAAUACAUUAAAUACUAAUAUCAAUUGUUAUUAUGAUUUAAAAGCUGCUAUUCCGUAUGAAGUAAUAAAAGAGCUUAAAAAUAAUGAUAAACCGUUUGACAUUACUCAUUCAUCGCUUCCUUGUCAACGCGAAAAAACUUUAACACAAAUAAUCAUUCUCACAUAUUUAACAUCAGCUUCGAUAUCAUUACCAGUUGAUAACACAAAUAAUCAACAUAAUAUUGGUACACGGAUGAUGAGUUCUAUUAUGAUACUUACGAUUUAUUAUUUACAUUUUUUAUUGGAAAUUAAUCAUCAUUAUGAAUCUCAGGAUACAGCAUUCUCAAAUGAUAUAUCACUACAUCAAAUUCAAGAAAAAAUAAAUGAAGCAGAUUUAUUGGGACCUUCAGAUGAUCAAUCAGCUUGGACUUGUACGGGUAAUAUGAAUUAUGAAUCUGAAUGGCAUCGAAGAACUUGUACAUUCAAAAAUAUCUGUUAUAAUAAAACAGGAAAAGUAUUUCAAUUUUAUCGUAGACCAGGCAGUAUUAAAAAGCCAAUUUUAUUUGAACCUAAACUAGGUCAUAUAUAUGAUUUUAAUAUAAACAAUCAUGGCUUUGUUAAUCUUGUAGCACGAGGAUCUAUGCAUCAAUCAUGGGGACCAACAAUUAUUGAAGAAUGGUUACCAUCUGCUAAUGAAGCACAUUAUUUAGAACAUGUCCAUGUUCUUUUUAUGCAUUGGCAUGUUUCCUAUAAUCCUGGUCAUAUCAUUUGGGAAGACAUAGCAUCUACUUACUUUGCUAUGGUUAGAUUAAAUGAAUAUGAUAGAAAUGCUGUUCUUCUUGAAUAUCGAAAUUUCCCUAAAAUAGGAGAUCGAUUUCAUCAAAUGUAUCAAAAUAUCGUUCCUGCUUUUGCUGCAAAAGUUGAUAGUCUCUUUCAUUAUACGAAUAGUUUUUCUUCGCCACUUGUUUGUUUUCAAACUCUUGUAGCUGGUGGUGCUAAAUCGAUGUUUUCUAUUGGUAAUGAACGAUAUACACAUGGAAAAGAAAGACUUCUCUAUGACUAUCGUACUGCUAUCCUACAAUAUCAUGGUGUCAAUAUAUCCGAUUUACCAUCACGUCAUCGUAUUGUACUUGUUAACAAAACUGAAGCAAAACGUCGUAGUUUACGUGCAAUUUCAAAUCUUGUUGAAGUUAAAAAUUUUAUAAAAUUAACAUAUCCACAGAUACAGCUUGAUGUUAUCGAUUGGACUAAAUAUACAUUUACUCAACAAAUGCAUGAAUUAUACAAAACAACUAUAUUAAUUACGCCAUGCGGUGGUAUCUCAACAAUAAUACCAUUUUUACCUAAAGGCACACACACAAUCGUAAUGGAUUUCUAUGUCAAUAAGGAAGCAUAUUUGAAGGGAGAGAGAUAUCAAAUAGGAGAAUCAGGUUCGAUGGAUGGAGCUUUUUUAAAUUAUUUUCCGCAUAUUCGUAAACUUUACUAUCAAGUACGAAGUGCAAAAGAUUAUGUUUUCGACUUUCCUGGAGCAUCGAAUACUCGGCACGACGCAUCGAUCAUAAUCAACAUGACAAGAUUGAAAGAACUAAUUGACGUUGCCUUAGAUGAGUCAAACAUAAGUCCAAUAAAUUGA